AGCUGGAGAAGUCUGACCCUUGCAGCUUGCCGGCUUGUAGCCACCGCCCGCUGCUACUGUUAAGACUUUAUGACCCGCCUCAUGCACCUUGCAACCACGAAUCUGCCACGGGUGCGGACUGCAUCACGGACUUCAAAGUGCUAGGCCUCCUCUUUGGCUGAACGUUCACCCACCUCUUCUGACACUCUUAACUGCAGGAGUGGGAGGUGGGGGGGCUGGAGGACCGGGGCACUGACAACCUUCUUCACCCCACCCCCACCCGAGUUGUUUCUCUCCUUACACCCGCUCCGCCCCUCGCCCACAGAAGGUUGGACCCUGCAGACCAGGCAGGCGGGAGCGCCGCCCCAGCUAGACCAGACCAAGGGUCCUGGGAGCUUUAGCAGCCGCUUGGAAGCCCGAGUCCCACCAGCAAAUCCAGGGAUCCCCAGUGCUCUCCCGUGCGCACGCCCCUAGAGCUCAGAUCUCAUUAGGAGCCCUGGCGGCCACGCGGGUCAGAGGGCGGACGCAGCCCCGCGAAAGAGGAGGGGGACUGAGAAAGGGGAGGGUGGCCCGAGGCGUACUCGCGUCACUCAGCCAUCGGGCCAAUGAAUACCUGGCCUUGGAGGCGCUUCGGACCAAUAGGAGGAAAGGGGGCCCUGUGAGUGGCAUUAAGGGAGGGCUGGAGAGAGGGAGACUAGGAGUGAAGUUGAGGGUAAAACCCUUUAGCUAUAAAGAAGUUAUUUGGCGUGUAUUUUUUUGCUUUCAAUUAGGCAAAAUAGCAACUUCAUGACAAUUACCAAAGAAGAUUAUAAGGCCAUUUUACCUGAACCAAAACCUAUAAUCUCUUCUUCGUCCCCCUCUCCCACUCAUCUCCGUAAAAAAAAAAAAAAGAAAAAGAAAAAUCAAAACCGUGAACUCUAAUAAUUAAGAUAAGGGAAGCAGAAACUCUCUGCAUGUAAGCAGCAGAGAAGAGAGCAAAGUUUCUCUAGUUGGAUGGUAGAAAUGGUUGCAAUUAAGAGUUGGUCUCCUUAUCUACCGCAGACUUCGGGGACUAAAGUGGCUUGAAAGAAGUUGCAUCCGAUACCUGAUCCACCUUCAAGAAACCCGGGCCGUCCUUGAGGCCUGGGGAUUGAGAGCAGAAAUAAAAAAAGACGGGAAUUAUUAUGUCUGUUUUCCGAGGACUGGUGUUUGUCGCCUGGAAUAGAAGAGAAGCUUGGUUCCUCGAUGGUCUUAUUGACAUAUAAUGCCCUACAGAUACAUUUGGAUUCUCGAAUCUGCAUUGGAAAAAUCACCUUUCCUAUCAUCUUGUCUUCUAGCUUUUGGUUUUGUUUUAUUUUGUUUAUUUUUUUGGCAAAUAUUUUUAUUGACCAGUUCUGGCCUUUUAUUGCUAUCGUCUUUCCCUUCAGUUAAAAAGACUUAAAUGACUUCAUUCAAGGUAUGUUUUGUUUUUGCCAAACAUGAGCUGUAGCUGAAAGUUUCUGUGUUGGUUUUUUUUGAUGAAUCUGAAGAGCUUUAAUUCAAAGAAGAAAGGGGGAAAAAGACACAAUGAAAGAGAAGUCCAAAAAUGCUGCCCGGACUAGACGGGAGAAGGAAAACAGUGAAUUUUAUGAACUGGCUAAAUUACUGCCUUUGCCCUCAGCCAUCACCUCUCAGCUGGACAAAGCAUCCAUAAUCAGGCUCACCACCAGCUAUCUAAAAAUGAGAGUGGUGUUCCCAGAAGGGCUUGGAGAAGCGUGGGGCCAUUCGACCCGUACCAGUCCCUUGGAUAACGUCGGUCGGGAGCUGGGGUCCCAUCUCUUACAGACCUUGGAUGGUUUCAUCUUUGUGGUGGCUCCAGAUGGGAAGAUCAUGUACAUUUCAGAGACUGCAUCUGUCCACCUGGGUCUUUCUCAGGUAGAACUGACCGGGAACAGCAUUUAUGAAUAUAUCCACCCAGCAGACCAUGAUGAGAUGACUGCAGUGCUCACAGCCCACCAGCCUUACCACUCUCAUUUUGUUCAGGAGUAUGAGAUAGAGCGUUCCUUUUUCCUGAGAAUGAAGUGUGUCUUAGCCAAGAGGAAUGCUGGUCUCACUUGUGGGGGCUACAAGGUCAUUCACUGCAGUGGUUACCUAAAGAUCCGCCAGUACAGCCUGGACAUGUCACCUUUUGAUGGCUGCUACCAGAAUGUGGGCUUGGUAGCCGUAGGCCAUUCACUGCCCCCCAGCGCUGUGACUGAGAUCAAACUACACAGCAAUAUGUUCAUGUUUCGUGCCAGCCUGGACAUGAAGCUCAUCUUUUUGGAUUCCAGGGUGGCUGAACUAACUGGCUAUGAGCCGCAGGACUUGAUCGAGAAGACCCUUUAUCAUCACGUUCACGGCUGCGACACCUUUCAUUUGCGCUGCGCUCAUCACCUGCCUCGCUCUGGAGAUAAUCCGGAGACGGGGACGAGGGACUUCGCACAUCUGCCCCUUCCCCCAACCCCGACAAGAUUUUGGCUCAAGGGAAACGGAUCCUUAUUAGAUACAGAAUAUAAAGGACUGCAACUCUCAUUGGAUCAGAUCACAGCCACCAAACCAUCUUUCUCCUAUACCAACACCACACCCACCAUAACUGAUAACAGAAAGGGGAACAAGCCCCGCCUCUCAAACACAAAAUCAAAAUCCAGGACAUCUCCCUACCCUCAGUAUUCAGGAUUUCACACUGAAAGAUCUGAAUCGGAUCAUGACAGUCAAUGGGGAGGAAGCCCACUCACAGAUACUGCAUCUCCACAGUUACUGGACCCCUCGGAAAGACCCAGCUCCCAGCAUGAUGCUUCAUGUGCCUAUAGACAGUAUUCAGACCGCACUGCUCUUUGCUAUGGCUUUGCACUCGACCAUUCCAGGCUGACAGAUGAUAGGCAUUUUCAUACCCAGGCCUGUGAAGGAGGCCGUUGUGAGGCGGGUCGAUACUUCCUUGGCACCCCGCAAACUGGGAGGGAGCCCUGGUGGGGCUCUCGUUCAGCACUGCCCCUAACCAAGUCCUCCCCAGAAAGCAGAGAAGCCUAUGAGAACAGCAUGCCACACAUAACCUCCGUUCACAGAAUUCAUGGGAGAGGUCACUGGGAUGAAGAUAGCGUGGUCAGUUCUCCAGACCCGGGCUCUGCCAGCGAAUCAGGCGACCGCUACCGUGCCGAGCAGUACCAGAGCAGCCCCCACGAACCCAGCAAAAUUGAAACUCUGAUAAGAGCCACCCAGCAGAUGAUUAAAGAGGAAGAGAACAGAUUGCAGCUCCGGAAGGCUCCUCCUGACCAACUGGCUGCCAUUAACGGAGCGGGGAAAAAACACUCCCUUUGUUUUGCAAACUACCAGCAGCCGCAGCUGACUGGCGAGGUCUGCCAUGGCCCUUCUCUUGCCAACACUUCCCCCUGCGAGCACCUUCAACAAAGAGAAGGGAAGAUGAUGAGCCCUCAGGAAAACGACUAUGGCAGCAGCCCCACAGCCUUGUCUAGGAUAAGCAGUCCCAACUCGGAUCGCAUUUCGAAAUCGAGCUUGGUGUUAGCGAAAGACUAUCUCCAUUCAGACAUGUCCCCUCAUCAGACAGUAGGAGAUCACCCCGCAGUGUCUCCGAACUAUUACAGUUCUCACCGGCAGUAUUUUGAUAAGCAUGCUUACACAUUAACUGGGUAUGCCCUGGAGCACUUGUACGACAGCGAGGCCAUUCGAACCUAUUCCUUGGGCUGCAAUGGCUCCCACUUUGACGUAACUUCCCAUUUAAGAAUGCAGCAAGACCCAGCACAAGGACACAAAGGGACAUCUGUUAUAAUAACCAAUGGGAGCUGAUGGUUUUUUUUUUUUUCUAAAAAAUGUGCUUUAAGGAUAUCUUUGAAACAUA